CCUAGAUCCCACAGGUGACGCAUCGACCAGCUCAGCAUGUGGCCUUUCAAGAUGCAAUGGCCGCUGCGGCUGCGUGCUUGAGAGCUCCAGCGCCAGCGCGGCUUGUGCCGGUCAGACCGAGCCAGUUGGUGUUCGAGCGAGUGUGUGGAUGUGAGGUGGGAUUUGCUGAUACAGUACAUGCAGGUUACAGGUGAUGGUGAGCCGAUUUGAGGAGGAGCUUCGCUUUGGCCUCCAUGCCUUCGCCCAGAGGUCGCCCCAGGGCGGCGUGGCCGCCAAGGCGCCGACCAAGGCGCCGACCAAGGCGGCCAAGGAUCCUCCGGACACGAUGCGCGUCUUGUGCCUGCACGGCUACUUGCAGAACGGUGAUGUCUUUAAGCAGAAGACGGGCUCCCUCCGUCGUGUGCUGAAGGGAUGCGAGUUCACCUUCCUGGAUGCCCCACACGAGGCGGAGCCCUUCCCGGAUGCCACCGGGGAGGAUGCCGAAGCCAGUGCCAGUGCCGAAGGAGGUGUGCUUCGCGGUUGGUGGAGCUCUGGAGAGAACCAGUGCAGAAAGGAUGGCCAGGUUUUUGUUGAUGAGUUGUCCAAGGGCACGAUGGAGUGGGUUCGCCCCGCCCAGUCAUUUUCAUACUUUGGAUUUGAGGAAGGUGUCACGUAUGCCCGAGCGGCUGCCGCUGAGGCCCUGGGGUCACAGGGCAGCUUCGAUGGCGUCCUUGCCUUCUCACAAGGCUGUGCAGUGACCACCGCCUUGCUACGGGAGGCUCAAAGCAUGGAAGGCCAUCCAUUGGCCUCGGUGCGCUUCGUGAUCCUCGUGGGGGGCUUUGUGCCCAAGGACCCGGCCGUGGCGGCCAAGCUGCGGGGCGAUGGUGACACGAGGUUGAGCCUUCAGUCGUUGCAUGUCUCAGGCGUGAACGACGUGUCGGUGCCGCGGCUCCGGAGCGAGGCCUUGGCGGAGCUGUACGAGCCCUCGCAGGUGGCCUGGUUCGAUCAUCCGGGCCGCCACGGGCUGCCGAACGGCACCGGCGCCUUCAAGCAGGAGUUGCAGGCGCUCCUGAGUCGGAGUCGGGGUGUCUAG